CGGAGAGAGGGGGAGUGUAGUGGGCAGCGGCCACGAUCUGUCAGGGACGCUAGACUGGCGGCUUAUGUGUGGGUGAGAAGGGAAUGAGGUCGACUCAGACCUUGGGGGUCUCACUGUAACUGAGAGAGGCGGGGCCUGUGAAGGAAGGCAGAACCAGGGGCGGAGCUAAGAGAAGCCGCAUUACUGUGUAACUUUUGGGGGAAGGUGAAGUUGGUACAAGGGGCGCCGGCCCCUGAGUUUUGGAUCUGAAGUGGGUCCUCUGAGAAGAUCUUGGGCAGCGGAGCAACUCUUUCUUUGUACCCCCAGUGUGUGUGUGUGUCUGACCCACCUUGUACAGCUCAAGAGAAGGGAUUCACUAGGCUGGGUUGCUUCUUCUGGAGAAGGUGCGGACUUGGCUGAGGUCUGCGACCAUGAAGGUCAAAGUCAUCCCGGUACUUGAAGACAACUACAUGUACCUGAUCAUUGAGGAGCACACACGGGAGGCUGUGGCUGUGGAUGUGGCUGUGCCCAAGAGGCUGCUGGAGAUUGCAGGCCGCGAGGGGGUGUCUCUGACCACGGUGCUGACCACCCAUCACCACUGGGACCACACACGUGGAAAUGCAGAACUGGUGCACCUGCAGCCAGGACUGGCGGUCAUGGGAGCAGAUGAGCGCAUCUGUGCACUAACCCGCAGGCUGGCACAUGGGGAGGAGCUUCAGUUUGGGGCCAUCCACGUGCGGUGCCUCUUGACGCCAGGCCACACCUCUGGCCACAUGUGCUACUUCCUGUGGGAGGAUGAAUGCCCGGACCCACCAGCCCUCUUCUCUGGGGAUGCUCUGUCAGUGGCAGGCUGUGGCUGGCAUCUGGAGGACACUGCCCAGCAGAUGUACCAGAGCUUGACCAAGACCCUGGGCACCCUACCACCCCAGACGAAGGUGUUCUGUGGUCAUGAGCAUACGCUGAGCAAUCUUGAGUUUGCGCAGAAGGUGGAGCCCUGCAACAACCAUGUGCGAGCCAAGCUGUCCUGGGCCCAGAAGAGGGAUGAUGAUGACAUACCUACUGUGCCUUCGACACUGGGCGAGGAGCUCUUGUACAACCCUUUCCUGAGGGUGACAGAGGAUCCAGUUCGUGAGUUCACAGGCCAGGUGGCAGCAGCCCAGGUCCUGGAGGUGCUCUGCAGGGAGCGAGCACGCUUCCAGCUCGCUCUGGAGCCACCACAGCCCCAGGUUCGGGCACUCCUGGCCUUGCAGUGGGGACUUCUGAGUACACCCCAGGAAAAAUGAGCCCUGGGUGGAGACUGCUUGUCUCCAUACCCCUUCCCCUGACCUCAGGCUGACUGGAACCCUGGCCUCCAGAACAUUCCUCUGAGGCCCUGCCACCCUGCUCUGAAGA